AUGGUUGCUCAGUCGCGCAGCAGCGAGACGUUUGUGGCGCUUUGCCUGCUGACCGUGGUGGGGGCGUCCCUCAUAACGGAGCAGCUGGGCAUGAGCGACACCCUGGGCGCGUUUAUCGCGGGAGUGCUGCUGAGUGAGACCAGCUUCAGGACGCAG